CAACUCCCGACCCAAAAUAUUCCUCCGCUUACAAGUGCGAGUUUGAUCUGGACUCAGUGUACCUGACAGUCGACGGAAAAGAAGUCUACAAACUCGUCAAAUCCAAGGGCGCCUUCAACAACCGUUUUCAACUUUUAGUGUGUCUAAGAUAUGUUAAUGGCCACGAAGAAUCGCUAAUGCCGUAUGAGUUUGUACUGAAAAGUGGACGUACACCAACACAGCAUGAUCACCACAGAGAGAGAGAUAAUUCAGGAUUCACAACAGGUGCAGCAGAUGGUCCUCGAGCCCAUCAUGUUAGCUGUAGACACCUCGAUGCCGAAACAGCUAAAAUCACGAAUAUUCUCUGUGAAAACAUACAAACCGAGAACCACGACAUCGCUUACUUCAUGAGAGUUCAAACCAACGAAGGUGAUACUCCGUCAGAUAUGGAGAAGGGAGAUGUUGUCGCAUUUCUAGAAGACGACGAGGGAGAUACCUACAUUGAUUUCAUAACGAGUGAGAAUGCUCGGAACGCGCGCCUUGCUGGUGUUAUCAGCAGAACGGCUUUUUUUCGCGGUCGCACUGCAAUCUGCGAUCCUGAUCAUCUAGAUUGUGAUUUGGUCUGUAUUAUUGGUGAAGUGGAAGUGAAAGUUGUUGGCAAAGUUCAGGCAGGAGAUCUGGUAUAUACAUCCAACUGUGAACAGUAUCGAGGAUCUGCUGUUGCUAGAAACCCUUUGGAGGCGGAAAUCCAAGAUUCUGCUGCUUCUGAAAAUUGUGAUCCCACACCAACAUUACUUGGAAUGGCGAUGGAAAGCGACAGUGACCUCGACAUCAAGCUAGUCAGGUGCCUCGUAUCUAUUGUCCUGGGAAUAAGCGACUUGCAUCAAAGACGAACCCUAGCAGAAUUACGUAAAUGUCAUGACAAGAUAACAAAGAUACAGAAAUACCUUAGAGGUAUUUGGAAAAAAGCUUUGCUAUUCCUGGUAUUUUCCCUCAUCGUUGGUAUUCUGUGUUAUCUAUUUCUGGCGCCUAACUCGCCUUACCUCAACAUGAUGUGCGAAAAAGGGUGCAUAGAAAACAAUAAAGGUUCUUGUCAGUACCUGAAAUUCGAAUAUAUCCAUGAGGAAUCACAAGAAAGUGACGAAAUAAUUGGAGUUCUCUUCGCUUGGAGAACACUCAAGCAUAAACUCGAGCUUACCUUCAACAAGUGCCGCAACCUAACAGGAUAUAAGUACUAUCUAAACAAGAGCCGUUGUGUGACUGGUGGCAUACGUGCCAUCUCAUCGUGGUUGGACCCUGCACCUCGCGUACCCAGAGUCAACGUAUUUGCUGUGAGCCCCAACUGUAGCCAGAUUUCCUAUUACAGUGCAAGCGAGAGGCACUGGGAGAAGUAUAAGCAUGGGAAAAUCAGAGUACAUAAAUGUAAUAUUAAGAAGAUAUCACAGUAAACGGGCUGAGGAAAAGAAGAAAAGCAAUACGAUUCUACCGAUAUGUUAAACAUAACUGUUCGUUUUUUCUUUUGAUUUCUUGACCAUUCAUGCCAUUGUUUGAUAACUGCGUUGGUUCUCCUGAUGAAAGUGAGUUGACUUUGUUACCUUUUGUUGUCUUGGUUACCUGUCUGUGCAAUCUUGGUUGUCUUGGUUACGCUCUUUGCCUUGGCAACGGUUGUCUAGGAUACCUAAGCGUUCUUAGUUUGCUUUUGUCGAUGGACAAGUGUCAUGACUUGAGGAAGGGAACACGAUAUAAUCUUAGAAUAUGAUAUAUUCUCUAAUGCAUUAUAAGUAUGAUUUUUAUUAUCAUCUGUGUUAUACAGCUUUUAACUCUUAAUAAUUCAGUUAAAUGAAUUGCUUAAGAAAAAAAGUUCAUUUUCGAGGAUGAGUUAAAUGUAUAUGAAGUAUUUCUUUGAAAAAAUAAAAAUAAGAAAAAUCUC